UGGAAAAAAAGUUAAAUGUAGACUUGUGUGUUUGUGUGCAUGUGUGUGUUACUGGUGUUGGGGUUCAAAAGAUAAAGUCUCGCCAACUUGGGCAGUGACUGCAGAGGAACAGAUGGAGACAGAACUAGAUGCAAAGGACAAAGUCACUAUUUUCAGCAAAGAAAACCCUCUCUAUGACCUCGACAUGCAACUACACAGCACAGGCCACUACGAAUUCCAGUCCAAUGAUUUGGAGCCUCCAAAGUCUAGAAGGACCUGCUGUUUUCCAGCAAUUAUUAUAUUUAUGCUUCUGCUCACAGGAGCGAAUGCCUUUCUGGCCUACAAAGUCUUCACUCUGGAAGCAUUUAUUCACUCUCAACUGACUGAUGAUCCCACAGCAGAGCUGCUCAAAUCUUCCUCUGCUGGGCACCACCUGGGCAGCUCCCCUCUAGAUCAGGCUUGUUUGUCCAGCCUGUGUGGAGAAGAAAAAGCUUUGGAGUCAAUGAUGACACAGAUACACGUGCUCAAUUCCACUGCCCACCAGCUACAAUACCAAGUGUACAGCAUCAACCAGACGAAAGCACUUCGUGGAUUGCCGGGACCACCAGGACCUUCUGGACCAGCUGGCCCUUCAGGGCUUGUUGGGCCCACGGGUCCUCCUGGUGCCAAAGGUUCAGAUGGACGACCAGGACUACCAGGAGUUAAAGGAACCUCAGGAUUGCAAGGUAUGCCAGGAAUUCCAGGUUUGAAAGGAGAGAAAGGAGAGACCGGUGUUGCUGGGCCAGUAGGACCACCUGGGAACGCAGGCCGACCUGGUACCCCUGGUAUCAAAGGUGAUCCAGGACAAAUAGGACCACCAGGUACUCCUGGCCUAGAAGGUAAAACAGGUCCACCUGGACCUCCUGGUGUUACUGGGGCACGAGGGUUGAGUGGAAUUCCAGGGCCUCCAGGAUCGAAAGGGAGCCCUGGCGUACAAGGGCCACCAGGCCAGGCAGGAUCUGCAGGACCUCCUGGGGCCAGGGGGCCACAGGGACAGCAAGGCCCACCUGGAGAAAAAGGGUCAGCUGGACAGAAGGGAGACAGUGGUGCUGCCUCUUCAGGCCAACCAGGUCCUCCAGGACCAAAGGGCGACAGAGGAUUACAAGGUCUUCCUGGUGUACCUGGAGCUAAAGGGCAGCAAGGCAGUAAAGGAGACACUGGGUCUCGUGGUUUGCCAGGACCAAAGGGUGAUAUGGGACUUAAGGGUGCAAAGGGGGAGAAGGGAACUGAUGGACUUCCUGGCCUUAAAGGAGUUAAGGGCGAGCCAGGUUCUCAGUCUAAACCUGUGCUGCGCUUGGUGGGCAGUGCGAAUAGGGGUCGAGUGGAGGUAAUGCAUAAUGGCGAGUGGGGGACAGUGUGUGAUGACAGCUUUGACACUCUGGAUGCCACAGUAGUGUGUAAGAUGCUGUCUUUCCAGAGAGCUGUGUCUGUCUACAAAGCACCACCAGGAACGGGUCGUAUCUUGCUGGAUGAGGUGAGAUGUACAGGGACAGAGAGGAGCAUCUUUGAUUGUCCACACAACGGCAUAGGACAGAAUGACUGCAGACACGAGGAAGAUGUUGGAGUGAGCUGUGUCUGAGAGCACUGCAUACAGCCUUGAAAAACAGACACCAAGAAUGGAGAUACACACUCAUAUAUAUAUAUAUAUAUAUAUA